CGUAAAAGAAGUGGUUCUGGCUCUAAGCGCCAACACAAAGGAAAGCUCGUCCCUAUAUAUGAGAGUUUCUUCAGAGGCGAAGACCUUACUCUGGCGCAUCCUAAUUUUUGGAAUGAACUGUUCCUCAUCAAGCCUAUGAUCUUCUGUCUGUUGCUGCAGAUACUUUUUCUUCGUAUUCUGCCUCACUUUUCAAUCUACCCGGCAUAAAUUUCGUCAUUAAGUUGAACCAUGUCUCACUGGUUUGGAUGCGAUACUUGAGACAUUGCAAUUGAAACCAAGCAACGCGACCAUAGUAUUUCGUCAUUUCCCAGGAUGGUAAAGACUGCAAGUUGGAAAAAACAUCUUGAGACAAGAGAAUCACUUAUAAAUAAAAAAGCAACGUGUUUUGGUACCACACAUAGAAAAUGAAAUAUUGCGAAUGAACAUCGAGCAAUUGAAUGCCAGCAGAGAAAAUUUGAAUUCGCUCGUAUCUCACUGUGUCGAUACACUCAUUGAUGAACAUCCAUUCCGCGUUGUCUAUGCCCUACAAACUUUGGCCGCUGUCGUACAAUCAAUGUACAAAAAAGCCAGUCAGGGCGAUUGCGGUUUUAAUUUAAUUGAUAUCCUAGUCGGCUUCGAUUCCGUCGAAAAACGAAUGACGACUCUCAUGCAACAUUGCAAUACGUUUCUUACAGGGGAAUAUCCAGACAGUUUGAAAGCGAUGUGCUUGAAACUGUUAUUAAUUAUAGUAACCGGUACAGACAAUGUUAGUCAGAAUACAUUACUGGAAUAUGUGAUGAUCAAUGGAGUAUUCGAAUCUCUUGUACAAUUAUUGAGGGACACAACAGCCCGGAAUCGACAUGGACACGAUGCAGUUUUGCUCUUGACCCUUCUAGUCAAUUAUCGGAAGCACGAAAGUGCUAAUCCAUAUAUCGUUAAAUUGUCAAUUUUAGACGAUGAACUCGCUCUCAACGGCUACGGUCAAGUUAUAUCGAGCUCCCUGACUGAAUUCUGCAGGCUUUUCGUUCAACAAAAAGCAGAGGUUCAAGCUUCUUGGUUGUCCUCAUUUACGAGCAUCGUGGGAAUGUUUGUCGGUGAAGAGGAAGCAAACACGCAACAAAUCCGUGCCAAUAAUGCGUUGCUUCUAGCUCUUUACGAAGCUACGCAUCUCAAUAGAAAUUUUGUCACUACACUUGCCUACACUCAAAGUGACACGAGUGCUCCACCCUCGCCAAAUAAUACACUCGGCCCAAAUGCGGUUGCACCCGGAUCACAGCCACCUGACGUUAUGGCACAACCGUUUAAUUUGCUAGCAACAUUUUUACAAUACUGUUCCAUCGUAAUGCAAGUCAUAAGAACGGAAGCUAUAUUGAACAACGUUAAACUUUGUUUCCUCAUACUAAGCUGUAUCGCCGAAGAUCAAUACGCGAAUAGUUUGAUGCACGACGCGAAUCUAGCAUUCAGAGUCCAAUUACAUCGAGUGCCCAUGCAUCACAGAAAACUGCAGGAUAAAAUUGCACCGACUCAACCUCUCGCAGCAACUUUGCUGGAUCUCCUCGUCGAGUUUAUGACGUCACAUAUGAUGAAAAAGUUUCCUCUUGAACUUUAUCAUCAGUGCGUGGGUGUACUUCAAAGGCUCUUGUGUUACCAAAAGCGCUGUCGAGUAAGGCUUGCGUAUCAGUGGAAGGAUCUCUGGACAGCGUUGAUCAAUUUACUCAAGUUCCUCACAACACACGAGAGUCAUCUCGUGAAAAAAAUGAAUAUCUUUCCAUUGGCUAUACAGGUCGUCAAUAUUCUGAAUUUGUUUAUCACUUAUGGCGACACUUUUCUCUCAGCGCCUAGCAGCUACGACGAAUUGUUCUACGAGAUUAUUAGGAUGCGGCUUAUAUUCACUAAUUUAAAUGCCAUGGCACUUAGAUAUUCGACGAGCGAGUCCUACGAGUACAAGGAGCAUGCUCUUAAAUUGACGAAUUGUUUGGUGAAUAUGCGCGACAUCGUCAACCACUUUCCACCAAAGAUCGCCGCUUGGCUAGCGAGCGAAAGCCUCUCGACACCUACCGAACAGCAAAUACUGGCCGUAAUAAUACAAAAUUACGACACUCUUACUCUCAAACUUCAAGACAAUUUGGAUCAGUAUGAAAGAUACUCAGAAAAACCGAAUCACACCUCGUUUUUCGAAGAAAUGGUAACUGGAGUGAUAAUCGAUACUCGAGCUUCCAUCGAUCUGAACGCACUCGAUACUCAAGCGGUUCUUCAAGAAUUAUCCAAUAUCUCGUAACAAAUAAUACUGUAAUACAAUCAACUCUCUGUCUCAAGUGCACGCGUUGCUUUCCUGUUUUUCGUACAACCUGACAUAGAACAUAUAUAAAAUAUUUAUAUAUGUAAGUUCUGUAUAUUUUUCUGAUAGAUUCACUGUCACUUGCAGUUGAAAAAAAAUUUCUUUGGAAAAGAAAUUAUCCGUUCAGAAGAAAAAAAGGUAACAGCCCUUGCGAACAAAUUCAUAGCAUCGAUAAAAUGUUGAUCUUGAGGGGGAAGAGAGAACGAAAAUGGUGGAAAAACUUGUUUUUUGGCUCAUGCAAAAAUAGCAAUAAGCGCUGCAAUUAAUAACCUUGAAAAAGAGCACGAAUGACCAAUGAUAAGGAAACGAAAAAUAUUUCCGACUCACGUAUUCGCUUCAGAUGGAAAGAAAAGGCUAACGAAAAAUGAAAAUCGUGUAUGAAUCUUUGCAGUAUCAACUGCGGAUAUAAUUUUAUAUUGAACACGGGUGAAUGCUUCAAGUUUGAAAUAAAUAAAUGUGUCAUUGAUAAUAUAA